AGAAAGAAACAAAGAACCAUAUUCAUUUUCAUUCUCCAACUCUUCAUUACAUCUUCUUCUUCUUCUUCAUUGGAUUUGGGUUCCUUCUUCUGAUUGUGAUUAAAGCGAAACACUAGAAGAAAAUAUCUGGAAAAAAAUGGACGCUGAUUUGAUGGAAACGGAAGCUUCAAGCUCCGGUCAGAACAACGACAUUCGUGAAUUACUCACAUUGGCUCGCCAACUCAUCAAUCAAGGCAAACCUUCUCAAGCCCUUCAAGCGGUGGUUGUAGCAGUGAAGAAUAGAGGUGGGGAUGAAGCUGUAUUCCAGUCCUUGGAUCGCGCACGCGAGCUCUAUAAAAGUAGACUGCAACAGAACGCCGCAGCUGAUCAGCUGGCAUCUUUGUUUGCCGAGUGUGCCAUUGCUGAAGUUCAGCCAGCACUAACUGAACCAUUAACUGAACCAUCCGCAACUACCAUUACCAACCCUCCAUCAGUUACCACAGAUGCAAACGGGACAUCCAUACUGGCAGAAAGUGGCAGGAUGCAAGUAGUAUUAGACGCAGGUUCUGAUGGAAGUAGUUUCAUCUGUUUGAAGUGCGGAGGCCUUGUCAGUAUCCAACGCAAAGACGAGCAUUAUGCAUACUGGUGUUGUUAGUCUCAACUCAAUGCUUGGAUAUAUAAGGUUGUCAUGGUGCAGUUCAUUAUCAAACUUGGUUAGUCUCCUUUCGAAGACUCCGAUGAUGUAAACAAUAGUGGCUUAGUUACCAAUACAGAAAAGACCAACUAAAGGUUUUGUGACUCUAAUGUUACAUUGGAACCAACUGUGCCUUUAGUGUGUUUUUCUGUUUCAUUUUGCUAUGAAGUUUUGAUAAAGUAAUGAUUACAAACUAAUAGUAUACUUUACUUUCAA